UGGAAGUUGGCAGGUGGAGAGGACUUAGUAGCCAAAAUUUCUCAAACUUCGAGGACUCUACUAGCCAUGGCCGAGCCAUUCUUGUCAGAAUAUCAACACCAGCCUCAAACUAGCAACUGUACAGGUGCUGCUGCUGUCCAGGAAGAGCCGAACCCUGAGCGCCCCCCAGGCGCGGAGGAGCGGGUGCCCGAGGAGGACAGUAGGUGGCAAUCGAGAGCGUUCCCCCAGUUGGGUGGCCGUCCGGGGCCGGAGGGGGAAGGGAGCCUGGAGUCCCAACCACCUCCCUUGCAGCCCCAGGCCUGUCCAGAAUCUAGCUGCCUGAUAAAGGGCGAGAAGGGCCAGAAUGGGGACGACUUGUCCGCUGGCGGCGACUUCCCGCCGCCGGCAGAAGGGGAACCGAAGCCCGAGGCCGAGCUGCUCGCCCAGCCUUGUCAUGACUCCGAGGCCAGUAAGUUGGGGGCUCCUGCCGCAGGGGGCGAAGAGGAGUGGGGACAGCAGCAGAGACAGCUGGGCAAGAAAAAACAUAGGAGACGCCCGUCCAAGAAGAAGCGGCAUUGGAAACCAUACUACAAGCUGACCUGGGAGGAGAAGAAAAAGUUCGACGAGAAACAGAGCCUGCGAGCUUCAAGGAUCCGAGCCGAGAUGUUCGCCAAGGGCCAGCCGGUCGCGCCCUAUAACACCACGCAGUUCCUCAUGGAUGAUCACGACCAGGAGGAGCCGGAUCUCAAAACCGGCCUGUACUCCAAGCGGGCCGCCGCCAAAUCCGACGACACCAGCGAUGACGACUUCAUGGAAGAAGGGGGUGAGGAGGAUGGGGGCAGCGAUGGGAUGGGAGGGGACGGCAGCGAGUUUCUGCAGCGGGACUUCUCGGAGACAUACGAGCGGUACCACACGGAGAGCCUGCAGAACAUGAGCAAGCAGGAGCUCAUCAAGGAGUACCUGGAGCUGGAGAAGUGCCUCUCGCGCAUGGAGGACGAGAACAACCGGCUGCGGCUGGAGAGCAAGCGGCUGGGCGGCGACGACGCGCGUGUGCGGGAGCUGGAGCUGGAGCUGGACCGGCUGCGCGCCGAGAACCUCCAGCUGCUGACCGAGAACGAACUGCACCGGCAGCAGGAGCGAGCGCCGCUUUCCAAGUUUGGAGACUAGACUGAAACUUUUUGGGGGAGGGGGCAAAGGGGACUUUUUACAGUGAUGGAAUGUAACAUUAUAUACAUGUGUAUAUAAGACAGUGGACCUUUUUAUGACACAUAAUCAGAAGAGAAAUCCCCCUGGCUUUGGUUGGUUUCGUAAAUUUAGCUAUAUGUAGCUUGCGUGCUUUCUCCUGUUCUUUUAAUUAUGUGAAACUGAAGACUUGCUUUUCUUGUUUUCCUUUUUAGAAGGUUUUUUCCUUAAUGUGAAAGUAAUUUGACCAAGUUAUAAUGCAUUUUUGUUUUUAACAAAUCCCCUCCUUAAACGGAGCUAUAAGGUGGCCAAAUCUGAGAACAAUUAAAUUCAUUUUAGUUAUAAUAAAUUUAAUAUUUGUAAAUGUAACAUAGUUUCAGUGUGAUUUCUAGAGCUAAUUCAAAAUAGUAUUAUUUUAUGUGAUUGCAUUUUUGGGGAGGGGUACCGAAAUCGUUAAAUUUGUCAGUUUGCAAAAAUAUCAGUCUUUAAUGGGAGAAUUUUCAAUUUGCCAAUUUUUUCCUUGAAUGGGUUUGGGUUUAAGUAUGCUACAAUACACAGUUCAGGCAAAAUAUAAAGAUUUAAUUAUCUUCAAUACUUAAGUGUGCUUGCUUUCUAGUGCCUUGGUUUUCUUUCUUGAUGCUGGAAAAAUAAACCGGUGUUCAGUGUUUAGGUGACUGGAAAGUGGCUACAAUCCAAAAUUUUAAAUUUAAGUCUGCCUCGGCCAUUCAAAAGUCUAAUAACAAAAAAUGUAAACCUAAUUUGACAGUUUGUUACGUUAGACAACUGUCAGCAUUUCAUUCCUACAAGUUGGUUUUUCAGUGAUCUCUUCCAUCCCCCCAGUAAGGCUGGAAGAAGUUCCUGGAUGCCUGGAAGAGGCUCUUAGCAAACUUCUUAGUGCAAGCAAUGGUUAGAUUAAUUUGUGGGGCAGCUCUUUAAGACAUUCAGAGGUGAGAAAUACUGGAUUUAUAAAGGAAAUGGCUGUUUGGGGGAUUCCAAGGACUUACCCUAAUUGUCCAAUACUACGUGCUCUGUAUACAAAAAAAAAAAAAAAAAAAGGAAUAGGAGCUAUCCACCUUUCCAUGUGGGUCAAACUAAAAUUAGAAAUGUCCCCUCACUGCAGAUCAAAUGUAAAGCUUCCAGUUAAGGAGCUAAAUGAGGUCCUCAGCUGAACGAGGAACCCUGUACAUUUCCUUGAACAGCCCUAUUCUAAAUCGCCUAAACUAUGCUGAUAGCUGCUUAGGUUCUUGAGUAGUUCUGCUCUUAAAUGUAGGGAGGCCCUGAGAACUAAUUUUUGCCCCAAAAUAAAAAUAGAAAGAAAUUAUGAGAUUAUUCCCUCCUGUCACUUUGGUUAACCCAGUCCUUCACCUGCCCUGUGUCAGUGUUUCCUGAGGGCAACUGCGUUGCUCAAAUCACUAACACAGAGGUUCCUUAACUUGGGGCCUUAGAAACCAUUGUGGGCCUUGGGGUCCAUGAACCCCAUGAAAUUAUUUGUAGACUUGUGUUAUAUGUACAUUUUUCUGGGGAGAAGGUUCAAGAGAUUCAUAAGAUUCUCAAACUCCUUGAAGGUUCAGAACCCCUGCAGGGAAGGGGGAAGAAAACCCUCCCAUUAGGAAGCAUGCUUUUGCAGUUAAAUGGCGGUGAUUGAGGUGAUAGGGACUUCAAAAGUAAAAUGCACCUUGUGAUGCAUAAGAAGCAUACACAAAUCAAUAAAUCAAGGGAGAUUACACCAGUAGGACUAAAUCAGGGCCUUCAAAGCUGGACUGAGUUGGUCCUGUUCUGGCACAUAUGGUCCACUGGAGACAAUGUAUGAUUGUGUUUUUCUUUGGCCUAAAAAUUAUAUUAAACAUUUAUUUUGAAA